AUGGAGGGAAAUGCCCAUCCUUGCCAAUCGUCGCCCGAUCGAGAUCAAGGCGCGCGAGCUGCUGCUCGCGCCGUGGAUUUCGAGGAAUGCGUGCAAGUUCUUGACGAUCCAGGCCAGCCGUCGCCGCCCCCGCUGCCGCUGCGUCUAUCGUCCAAGGCGGAUAUCAGGAGGUCUCUCUCCAGGACUUCUAGGUCUUUCAGCUCUCGGAUUAACUCCUUCUACAAGGAUCAAGAGGUAAGGAGAGUGAUUCUUUCUUCUGUUAGGCGAUUUCUCGCGUGGUUUCUUCUCUUUCUUGCUCAGAUUUUUGGCUGCCGGGAGACACUAUGGCUGGCUUAUCAGACCCUCGGUGUGGUCUAUGGCGACUUGGGGACGUCUCCGCUCUACGUGUAUCCCACAGCGCAGAUAGAUUCGCGAAACGAGCGAGAGUACCUGGGGGUUUUGAGCGUCAUCUUUUGGACGCUCACGCUCAUCGGUGUUGUCAAGUACGUGCUCAUCGUGCUCCAUGCCAAUGAUCAUGGCGAAGGUGGAACUUUUGCGCUCUAUUCUUUGCUGUGCCGCCACGCAAACGUUGGACGGCAUGCUGGAAAACACUAUGGAAGGCUGGAGUCGGACACCGAGUUCUCGUAUUUCGGAGAUGCCGAGCGUGUCAGGGUGCACACGAGAGCAAAGAUGUUCCUGGAGAAGAGCGAGAUUGCCCAGAAGAUUUUGCUCGUUUGCGUGACUUUUGGAACUUGCAUGGUCAUAGGAGAUGGUGUUUUGACUCCAGCAAUCUCAGUGCAUGCAGCGGUGGUGAUCGCCAUCUCCUGUGUGAUUAUCUCGGCACUAUUUCUCUUGCAAAGCAUUGGCACGCAUAGAGUGAGUUGUAUCUUCUCGCCGAUCAUGGCUACGUGGUUCGCUUCUACGACUGUCAUAGGCAUCUACAACAUCAUGAAUUACUACCCGACGGUUCUAAAGGCCUUGUCUCCGCACUAUGCCAUCCGCUUUUUUGUCAGAAACAAGAGACAUGGAUGGGAGAUGCUCAAUUCAAUAGUCCUCUGUAUCACAGGUUCGUUGUUUGCUUACAUAGCCUUCAUAGCCGUCGUAUACCCCUCUCUUAUCAUCACAUACGCUGGAGAGACGGCCUUUCUGAUCAAACACCCAGAACAUCGCAUCGACGCUUUCUUUAAGUCAGUUCCCAGUCCAGUGUUCUGGCCUGUCUUUGUAGUCGCGACUCUGGCAGCGAUAGUUGCUAGCCAGGCGCUUAUCACAGCGACAUUCUCCGUUCUCAAGCAGUCGGUGUCCUUCGGCUGCUUUCCGAGGAUCAAGCUGGUCCAUACUUCAGCCAGCCAAGAGGGUCAGAUCUACUCCCCGGAAGUGAACUAUCUGCUGCUGGGACUUUGCUUGGCAGUCGUGAUCGGCUUCCAGGACAGUGAUGGCAUUGGAAACGCAUACGGUAACAAAGCUUUCAAUUCUCCUCGGAGUUCUAAUAUGUUUUCUUCACAGGAGUUGCCGUGA